AUGGAGGGAAUGAUGUACUUGGAAGAAAGACGGCUUGUUCAUCGGGAUUUGGCAGCCCGAAAUGUCUUAGUGAAAUCUCCAAACCAUGUGAAAAUCACAGAUUUUGGACUAGCCAGACUCUUAGAAGGAGAUGAAAAGGAGUAUAAUGCUGAUGGAGGGAAGAUGCCAAUUAAAUGGAUGGCUCUGGAGUGUAUACACUACAGGAAAUUCACCCAUCAGAGUGAUGUUUGGAGCUAUGGAGUCACUAUAUGGGAACUGAUGACCUUUGGAGGAAAACCCUAUGAUGGAAUUCCAACCCGAGAAAUCCCGGAUUUAUUAGAGAAAGGAGAACGUUUGCCCCAGCCUCCAAUCUGCACUAUUGAUGUUUACAUGGUCAUGGUCAAAUGUUGGAUGAUUGAUGCUGACAGUAGGCCUAAAUUUAAGGAACUGGCUGCUGAAUUUUCAAGGAUGGCUCGAGACCCUCAAAGAUAUCUAGUUAUUCAGGGUGAUGAUCGCAUGAAGCUUCCCAGUCCAAAUGACAGCAAGUUCUUUCAGAAUCUCUUGGAUGAAGAGGAUUUGGAAGAUAUGAUGGAUGCUGAGGAAUACCUGGUCCCUCAGGCUUUCAACAUCCCCCCGCCCAUCUAUACUUCCAGAGCGAGAAUUGACUCAAAUAGGAGUGAAAUUGGACACAGCCCACCUCCUGCCUACACCCCCAUGUCAGGAAACCAGUUUGUAUACCGAGAUGGGGGUCUAACUACAGAGCAAGGAGUGCCUGUGCCCUACAGAGCCACGACCAGCACGAUCCCAGAAGCUCCAGUUGCUCAGGGGGCCACAGCCGAGAUUUUUGAUGACUCCUGUUGUAACGGCACCCUACGCAAGCCAGUGGCACCCCACGUCCAGGAGGAGAGCAGUACCCAGAGGUACAGCGCUGACCCCACCGUGUUUGCCCCGGAACGGAGCCCACGAGGAGAGCUGGACGAAGAAGGUUACAUGACCCCGAUGCGAGAUAAACCUAAACAAGAAUACCUGAACCCCGUGGAGGAAAACCCUUUUGUUUCUCGGAGGAAAAAUGGAGACCUUCAAGCUUUGGAUAAUCCCGAAUAUCACAACGCUUCCAAUGGUCCACCCAAGGCAGAGGAUGAGUAUGUGAAUGAGCCACUGUACCUCAACACCUUCGCCAACGCACUGGGGAAUGCCGAGUACCUGAAGAACAAUGUACUGUCUGUGCCGGAGAAGGCCAAGAAAGCAUUCGACAACCCUGACUACUGGAACCACAGCCUGCCACCUCGGAGCACCCUUCAGCACCCAGACUACCUGCAGGAGUACAGCACAAAAUAUUUUUAUAAACAAAAUGGACGGAUCCGGCCUAUUGUGGCAGAGAAUCCGGAAUACCUCUCUGAGUUCUCGCUGAAGCCAGGCACUGGGCUGCCUCCUCCACCCUACAGACACCGAAAUACCGUGGUGUGAGCUGAGCAGUGGCUUUAAGAGAGAGACAUGCCCGCUCCAAUUUCCCGGCCGCCUCUCUUUCUCUUACGGUCUUCCUUCUAUUCCCAAGGCCAGUAGUUUUGACACUUCCCAGUGGAAGAUACAGAGAUGCAAUGAUAGUCAUGUGCUUAUCUAACUUGAACAUGAGGAGGAAGAGCUGAAAGAGAAAGACAGGAGGAACCACACUGUUUCUUCCUUUCUCUGCAUGGGUUGGUCAGGAGAUUGGAACAGCUAGAGAAGGACCAGCAAAUACAACAAGGCAAUACUGCCUGCUGUCAAGCUAGUUCUCAAUGUUUUCUCUUUUUUUCUUUUUUUCAAUUUUUUUUUUUUUUUAAUGCAGAUCCCUGAAAGACCCAUGCUAUCUGUUCCUAUCUGUAGGAACGGACGUGUACAUUCUCAGUACCCUUGGAAAUCGUAAUAAAGUUUCCAUUAGAACAAAAGGAUAACCUUUUCUGUAACAUACGAUAGUAACUGAGAUUGAAAAUCCAGUUUCUUUUUCCAACGGUUUCUAUCCUAACAAGCAAGGGCAGCCAACUCAGCUUUCAUAAUUUCUUAAUCUCUCUCAAAGUUAUAACUAGUAAUUAUGUUUGGAGGGAUUUUUUUUUUUUUUUUUUUGGUCUUUUCAUUUUGUUUCAUUUUGCUUUGCUCUUUCCCUUUAUAUUACUUUUUUCCCCACAUAUUCUGACUUUAAUUUCUGAUUGCAAAUAUUUUUACAUCAGAGUUUCUUAAGUGUUGCUAUAAAUUGACAGAAUUGUAAAAAAAUAUUUUAAUAUGGUGAAAUGACCAUUAUUUUAAAUAUAGAGCCUUUAAAAUUAGAAGGGGAGGCCAAGAUACUAGUCAAGUGUAACAUCAAAUCUGUCAUGUUUUACACUUUUGACUAUGUACCCCCACGUCCUUUACAUUCUUCAACAUUUUCUUCUCCAUAAAUGACAGUACUUGAUAGGCAGUUGGUAACGUAAAGAGUAAAAGGGAAACUAAGAGACAGUUCUGUGUGGUUCAUGAAAACUACUGACACUUUCAGGGGUGGUCCAAUGGGGAAUCCAUUGAACUGGAAGAGACACUGGAUUGGGUAUGUCUACCUGGCAGAUACUCAAAAAUGUAGUUUGCACUUAAGCUAUAAUUUUAUUUGUUCCCUUUCUGAACUCCAUUUUGGAUUUUGAAUGAAGCAAUAUGGAAGCAACCAGCAAAAUAACUAAAGUACAUUUUUUUAAAAGAGCUAAGAUAAGGAAAGACUGUGGAAAUGCCGAACCAAGCAAAUUAGGACUUUGGAACAGUAUCCAGAGAUUAUGGUGAGAGGGCCAGCACAUUAUCUACAAGUGAUAUCACAUUUGCUCUGCAAGGAGAGUUAUCCAGUUUAUAUACUCCACAUGAAGGAAUGCAAGUAAGGAUUGGCUUGAUUCCAUGGAAUUUCUAGUAUGAGACUCUAUUUAUAUUAAGUAGAAGGUAACU